GUUUCUCUUCCUUCAAAUCUCCCCAGCUGAAGCCUUAGCGUUAGCAUUAGCACUCGACCUGCUUUAGACGCUGCAACAUGUCCGCUCUGCUUAGAGGACUCGCCCGAAUCCGCUCAGCUCCGGCUCUGCGGGGGACAGCAAUCACCCAGCGGGCUAAUAUUACAACAAAACCCGCAAAGGAUGUUCUGGGACCAGCUGAGACAACAAUUGGUCUUGCGAUGUUUUCGCUGGCCAUCCUGGUUCCAUCCGGUUGGGUCCUGGCUAACCUUGAGAGCUAUAAAAAGAAGGAGGCCUAAAAAAGUCUGCUACGAUCAUUUCCUUCAAACCCGUAUCGGGACCACUGA